AUGAGCUAUCUGGCAAGACCAUUGGAUGAAGUCAAAGUUGCAUUUUACGAACAAAGGGCUCAUGCUUUCAAAUGUGCUGAGAAGCUCGAAAGCAAUCUCACAUUCGGAAACCCAUCUUUUGACAAAUCCAUGGUUCAAUCUCAUGUUUACAGUUAUCAUCUUCCAAAAUUGAUAGAAGAUAUAGUACUAGAAAAUGAGAAGGGUGCAAAAUACGAUGCUGUGUACAUUGGCAAGAGAGUUGGGCUUAGUGAUGGAUGGAAAGCAUUUGCAUUGGAUCAUAAGUUGGAUGAUGGUAAUGCUCUAGUCUUUGAACUGGUUGAAGCCACACGCAAAUGCUCAACUAGUUCAAAGACCAGAGCAUCACCAUCAUCCAAUUUUUGA